AUGUCAAGUGGGCCACAAAGGAAGUUGCAAGUUGCAUCGCCGACGGCCACCUCAGCAUCCACGCAGAUCUUUCGUUCGUUGUCCUCCGAGAGUCAGAAAAAUGAUUGGUCCAAACGUUUGUCACUGCGUGGAAUGCGUAGAGGUGGUAGCGCCGGGAGCAGCAACACCAGCAAAGAGGAACCAAAGCACAAGCAUAAAUUCUUUAAUCGCUCCUCAUCGCUGAAGCAAGCGAGCGCGCCGAAGGGUACUUUGGAACUUCAAACUCCAUCACAGCAGUCACAUCAACAAUUAUCGCAACAAAGUUCCGCGGCGACACCGAAAAAAUCCAAUUGGGAGGUAAUCGAACACUUCAAUACGAGCACCACCAAAGGUGGAAAGGCUGUUGUGAGCAGUAGUCUAAUAGCGGCUGGCAUAACACGCUGCAACAUAGAUGAAUCAAUCGAUUCCACCAAUUCCAGUUCAACAUGCCCAAGCCCCAUGGUUUAUCAGCGUGACGAAGCACAUUUGCUGCAACAAAAUUCCGAUUCGAUGGAUGGUCGUAACACAGAGGUGGGCAGUAAUGCGGCGAAUGGCCCUGGAGGUGGUGGUGCUGGUGGCCUCAGUCCGACAAUUUCAUUUUGGUUUCGAUUGAAUCGGGUUAUCCUGCGGCUAUGUACAACACAUCAAUUUAAAAAUCUACAGGUGGAAAUGCUUUAUCAGCGUUAUUUUCUGCGCAUGAAUCAGAGUAAUACGACACACAUUUUGGCGUUGCUGCUGGCGUUGAUAGUGGCUUUGUCGAGUGCACAAAUUGUGUUCACCACAUUGCAGAUACGUCGCAACACGGCUGCAACAAUUUUUGCCACAACGAACGAUACGACGAGCAACAAUGUGGUUAAUGGUAUGCAAAGUGAAAGUGGCAAUAGCGGUGAAAGCGGCAAUGGAGUCAGUAAUGGCAGCAUAAUAGCCGCAACCUCAGUCUUGCCAUUAACGGAAAUGGGCUAUCGGCAGGUGACGACGGCAGCGGCAGCGGCGACGGCUGCACAGCUCUUAAGCCAACAACCAGCCGCAAGUGGCGCUGCUCUGAGCAGACGCUCAACAUUACCGGUAGUGGAACACAUUAUUGCCGGCGAUGUUGUCGAUGGCUUAGGCACGACAACGAAAAUUAGCGCACAACAUUUUGUGGCAAGUGCGGCAUUCAAACAAACUCCCACAACAACGCCCACAGUAUUACCAGCUACAUUACCACCAUUACGCCCAUUUACCACUAUUGCACCGCCUAUUUCCACAAAAUCAUCAACUUAUCUGCCCUAUGCGGCGCAAGACUGGCGUGACCCGCAAGUUUUUACCGCUCCACUGCUGACGUUCACACAUCAUGGCAGCCAGCAGCUGCAUAGCCUGGGAGCGCACGCCGCACACGUCGCGCACGCUGUCAACUGGCGGGCGAGUUCUUCGCAGUUGCGGCGACUACAACCGCCUGUAGCAUUUAAACGCCUUAAGCGCAAAUAUCAUCAUACUCAUUGGCCGAAGUUACAUCGCUUCAAGCGUUCCAGAUUGAAAUCAUUACAUCACAACGAGAAGAAGACACAGAAACCUAAUCAAAUAUCAAGAUUAGAGCCCUUCCAUACAAGCACAAGCAAAAGGGUAGCGAAAGAAGGCCAAACUGCGAAAAUGACGCGAAGUAAACGAAAUCACAGCCACUUCGUGCGUAUGCCUUGGAAUGUGAUAACUUUGUCACACCAACAACUUCCUGCGAUAUCAAGAUAUAUAAUUGCGCCGAUGGGGGUAGACCACCAACAGGAUGCGCGCUUAGCUUCAGCCGCUAAAAGUAGCCAACAAUUGACAAGAGUGCUUGCGUUAAGUGAAGCGGAAAUGGAAGCGGAAGCCGCAACGAAUGAUGGCGCAGAUUUCCCAGAAGCUGAAGAAAACAAUGAAAAGAUUUAUAACAACAGCAACUACAAUAAGAAUAUGAACCAUUAUCAGCGGCAUACGGCACGUAUUGUUGACGAAGCUGAAUUCAAUGUGCGAAGCAAUAGAGAUGUGACGCCGGCAACGAAGACAACGAAGACAACGCUGACAACGACGACGAUAAGCCAACAAACCGCAGUUGCGCAUGAGCUGGACAAUGCAACAACAAUCAAAUUUGCGAUGACAACAACAAGCAUACCAGUGCUUGCCAACAAUGGUUGGGGUAACAAACACACUGUCAAUCUACUUGCUACGAAGGCCUCAUUGGAGCAACAACAAGUCGAGUUAACGGCACUGCCCGACGAUGUGGAAGAAAUCACAGCUGCACCAACUGUUGUCACAUUCCCCGGAUUGCGUCUGAUGUUGCAAGUUUUGUCAGCGAUUGAUGAACGUGUGCUGGUCUUCCUUGCGGUGAUGACUAUUUGUGUGCUUAUAUAUGCAUCUCUUCUGUGUAUUCUCUCGAAGCCAGCGAUGAAUGAAAUCUUCUUAGUGCUUGUGUCCUAUGUUAUUGUCGGCACCUUUGUUGCCAUUGAAAUUGCUGUGGGUUAUGCAACAUUGCCAAGCAAAUCGUACAACGGCAGUUCCUGUUGUGUUGUCUUCAUCUACAUGACUUAUACAAUGUUGCCGCUACGUCUACGCGAGGCACUCAUCGGUGGCAUUGUGCUGUCCUGCAUGCACAUCUACACCAGUCUACGCUACACUGAAACAACAAUACAUUGGCAGGAGUUGCUCUGCAGCCUUUUAGCAUUAUUCCUCUCCAAUCUGACAGGCAUUUAUACGCAUUGGCCCAAGGAGAAGGCGCAACGGAAGGCAUUUAUCGAGACACGGCAAUGCAUUGAGGCGCGUUUGCGUACGCAGCGUGAAAAUCAGCAACAGGAACGUCUGCUGUUGUCGGUGUUGCCGCGUCACGUUGCCAUGGAAAUGAAGGACGACAUUGCAGGGCAGCCGCGUGAUACGCAAUUUCACAAAAUCUACAUACAACGACACGAAAAUGUCAGCAUACUUUUUGCGGACAUUUGCGGCUUCACCAGCCUCUCUGAUCAAUGCACCGCCGAAGAAUUGGUUCGGUUGCUUAACGAACUUUUUGCCAGAUUUGAUCGAUUGGCAGCUGAGCAUCAUUGCCUGCGAAUCAAACUUUUGGGUGAUUGUUAUUACUGUGUAUCUGGCUUGCCCGAGCCACGGCCGGAUCAUGCACAUUGUGCCGUGGAAAUGGGUUUAGACAUGAUUGAUGCGAUAGCGCUUGUUCGUGAGGUGAUGGCUGUCAAUGUUAAUAUGCGUGUUGGCAUACACACCGGACGUGUGCAUUGUGGCGUACUGGGCUUGGUCAAGUGGCAAUUUGAUGUGUGGUCGAAUGAUGUGACACUAGCUAACCACAUGGAAAGCGGCGGCAUACCUGGACGCGUUCACAUCACCAAGGAGACACUCAAGUGUUUGGAUGGCGAUUACGAAGUGGAGGAGGGCAAAGGUGCCGAACGAAAUACAUAUCUGAAAGAUCAUCAAAUCGAAACUUAUCUCAUAGUGCCAGGUGAUAUUUAUCGACCGCACAAGAAAUCACGCAACCGACUGCAGGUGAAUGGCAACAUUUCCAAGGAGCUGCGGAUGAUGGGACACGCUGGCACACAGAAGAAUGCCUCCAAAUUUGGCUUUGGUGACAGCGCGGAAGGUGCUAAAGAUCCAGAGGAUGAAGUGAAUGAGUAUUUGAUGCGUGCGAUAGAUGCACGUAGCAUUGACCAUUUACGUGCGGAGCAUUGUCAGUCGGUGUUUUUGUCCUUCAAGGAUGAUGAGCUGGAGAAAAAGUACGGAUCGGAGCCAGAUCGUAUGCUGAGUGUGUAUUUCUAUUGCAGUUUUAUUGUACUAGUCACCACUACCGGUAUUAGAUUUUCAGCGUUUAAACCGAAUUUACUCACCAUCACCACUUCAUGUGCAACAAUUGUUAUCGUCAUGCUAAUUUCACUACUCGUCGCCGCUCAUGUGAUAAAUAUGAAUCUACCGAUUGGCAUCAAGAGAUUCUCUUCACGCAUACACAGCAAUCGCCUGCUAGCACAGUGCUUUGCUUUUUUAACAGUCACACUGAUUGCCUUGACAACGAUCUCUACCAUGAGCAAUGUGAUAGUGUGUGUAUACUGUUUGCGUCGAUACCGAAUUUUUCGGAGUUCUAUGUUGAAUUAGAAGGUAAUAAUGAGGGCGUGGAAUGUUUGCGUCUACUCAACGAGAUUAUCGCCGAUUUUGACGAGUUGCUAAGUGAGGAACGUUUUCGCUACAUUGAAAAGAUUAAAAGUACUGGUGCAACAUAUAUGGCCGCUUCUGGUUUAACGGCAAAUACUUGUAAUCAAGUGAACUUUUGUCAUGUUACCGCUAUGGCAGAGUAUGCAUUGCAAUUAUUUGAUAAAAUCGAAGAGGUUAAUACACAUUCGUUCAACAAUUUUCGGCUGCGUAUAGGUAUAAAUAUCGGGCCUGUUGUGGCUGGUGUUAUUGGAGCGCGUAAGCCGCAAUAUGAUAUUUGGGGAAAUGCCGUAAAUGUGGCGUCACGCAUGGACUCUACUGGGUUGCCAGAUCAUAUACAGGUCACACAAGAGGUAUAUCAAAUUCUGGUCGGACGCGGCUUUGAGCUUACCUGCCGCGGUAGUGUUAACGUCAAGGGCAAAGGCUCUAUGAUUACAUACUUUUUGAAAGGAAAGUCAGCGCAGCUACCAGCGCUGGAGGCAAACCAUAUCAAUGCGAUGCCGAAGACAAUAAAUGAAGCAACUGGCACUGCAGCAGCUGUGGAGGCCGAGAAAAAUAAUAAGAAUAUUGAUUUGGCUAAUUGUGGCACAGUGAUAUCGCCCAUCAAAGAAAGCACAAAGCCACUAUCUGACACCCAACUAGAAGAGAAAAAGUCUGAGUUUAUAUCAUCUCCACCACAAGUAUCAGCGGAGGAGGCAGCACCACUUUCCUCGUCUCCUCCAAUCGAUCAAACGAACAAAGUCAUCACAGACUCUGGCGACGAUCUCUCACCCGAUUCGGAGCUAAAUUCCUACAUGCAGAGUGCCACCGCACAGCGCCGAAAGUCGCUCUGCCGCCAACACAACAUAUCCUCCUCCUUUGGCAACACAACCAGCUCUAGUUCUGCACUCACGCCCUCAGCACUCUCAAGCAGUUCGAGCGUGGUUACUAUAGCCAUUUUACCAGCAAUUGCCAAAGCUGGCUCCUCGUCCAUGGAGAACUCCAUGGAGGGUACUAUGGGCAGCAGCUCAAUGAAUACCACCACAUCUGCCAACUCGACCAGCGGGCGCAGCAACAGCCAACCGCGUACCUGUGUCGAUGAACUGAAGGAGGCAUUCAAAGAUGAAAACGAAAAGCCACCACUCAAAGACUCAAUUGAAAAUCUACAAAUUUUACUACAAAAUAAUAUCAGCCUUUCGGAUCUCAGCAAUAAGCAGCAAUUGAAUCUACGAUCAAGCGAUGCCAAAAUGCAGCAACUGAAAAAGGAAACCAUUGUCACAUUCCGCACGGAGACCGCUGCACGUCGACAACGCAAAUCAAUUACAACGAUCGCUACGACAAUGCAGCUACGCAGCUUUGACGAAUAUAUUACAUCUGGCACAAGUACAACCACCACAGGUGUGCUCAGCAGUGCGCAAAGGUUGAAUGAUGGCGCGCCAAAAGGUGACAACGACAAUGACGAUGAAUAUAAUAGAGUAGUUUGUAACGGCGUAAAUCAACGCCCGCACGACUGGUCCAAUCGUCUGGGGCUCGAUACGCAUCGCAGUCCUAUAAGAAGUUCACAGUCGAUGAGUCCCAUCGGAUUGGUGGGAAGCGAAGUGUUUGUGCUGCCCAAUAGCCGUAGCAUGAUUGUGUUCAGCAGCAGUGGCAGCAGCAGCAGUAGCGGCGGUGGCGGUGGCGGCGGUGGCGGCGCUGUUGGAAGUACGAGUAGUGGCAGCAGUGCGACGAGCGCCAACAACACCAUCGCUUAUAUGCUGCAGGAUGUGAGCACUUAA